AACAAAUUUUAAUGUCGCCUGAGAAAGCAUCGGCAAUGGAUGGCUUCUUUACGGCCUGUUCCCACAAUCAUACGCGAGGAUAUAUCCUUCUAUGCAUACCAUUAUUGCUUCGUCUUUUUUCUUGUCUUGUCAACACCUUAUCGUUUCAUGUCAUGGAAUACUAGUGUUACACGUGUAUAAUGCUUUGUAUUGAUUGUAUUGUGUAGGGUCGUUGUAUCAUCCGAUAUCUCAACAACAGCUUUGUCGCCUAGUAAGGUAUUGGCAAAGACAAUGCGCUGUUCAAGAACAAGGACACGGGUUUUUUUCCGUGUCAGAUCUUGUUCAGCCCUUGGUAAAUAAAGGCCUAAACAAGUGGACAAACAUCUUGUUUAAUAUCAACAAAGGGGCCGACGAGGACUUAUAAUACUCGUGCCCACCCCUUCUUUCUGAAAUGUGUAUCCCAAGCACUCGAUAAAGGCGGCAUAUCUUGCAUUAACCCUAGAAACGUUUACUUUGACAGUAAGUGCUUCUACACCAAUCCAAGAAUAAUAACAAGCGAAAUAUGCCUUCUAGUACUGCCAACGGUACAUUCGCCGCCAUCAAGGCCUGUGUGACCUGCUUCCCUAAGCCGAAGGUGCACCAGCCAUCCCCCCUGCUGUAUAGCUCUAAGUACAGCGCCCAGGUAAGACUCAACCUUAACCUACCGGACCCAGCCAUACAGCUCCCACGCGUCGAAGUCGACCCGAACGGGCGAGUGACAACGAUCGACCAGUACAAGCCGGAGGCAAGCCCUUCGCUCCGAAGCCUAAACCCGCCAGAUAUGCUAGAAGAGCCGGGGUCAGCAAUGACGGCGAGGGGGCGACACAUUCGCCAGCGCUUUCCCACCGUUAUCAAGGACGAUCCACGCUCCCGCUGGUCUACAGCGACCCUCACCGCGCCCCAGCUCGCGGAGCUGUUCGCCGCUAUCCAUGAUACGCUUGAGCAUGUCCCUUACGCUAUUUGUGGGCUCGGGGCCUUGUUUGACCAUGGCUUCACGACGCGACGCCUGAAUCGGGUCACGAUUCUGUGUCCAGCGUACGCGAAGGAUAACGUUCGUGCGUGGCUGGCGACCCGCGGGUAUGAUUGCUUUGCGGACUCGGCGGGGAUCCCGAUUAGUGCUGGUAUGGUUGAGGCCGACGGCGAGGGUAAAGGUAAAGGUAAGGGCAAAGGUAAGGACGACGGUAAGAGUCCAAGCGAGGGCGGCGACGGCCAGAUCAUCGUGCGCACACGCAUCAAGUUCCUCGCCGACGGCUUCGAGAAGCUCGAGCGCACACCGUCGCGCAUGAGCUCCGGCUGGGUGCUCGGGCUCGCGAGCCAAGCCGACCACGCGGCCGCUGGCUUCGUCGACCACUACCGCCGACUGGAGCAGCUGCAGAAGAAGCAGAAGCAGCAGGAGGCCAAGGACAAGCUCAGCAGCAACUUCGGCAAGCGCAGUAAAGAAGACCGCGAGCGCAUCCAGAAGCGCGCCCUCGAGCUGCGCCAGACAGAGCUCGGCCUCAAAACCAUCGCCCACGACAUCUUCUGGUGCCUCGCCAAGGCCCGCAGCGAGAAGCACCCGCUGCCCGAGCAUUUGUUGCCGACGCUGCUUGGCAAAGAGUUCUGGGACCCGUUUACGCGCCGCCAUGAGGAGGCGCGCACGGAGAUGGCGGCGGCGGGCAUAGAUGUGCAGAAGGUGCUUGCGCGGCAUAACGCGGAGGAGAUGGUUGCGGAGCACCGCGCGAUGCUGAAGGAGUACGGGGUCCAGGAUUACGAGUACGCGCCGGGGAGGGAUAGCGGCGUCGCUGUUGCUGCUGAUGACGGCAAUGGGUUUAGAACCGUCGGCGUCGUCGGUGUCGGUGGCGCGGGAGUCAUAGCUGAGCAGCCCGGCCCCUUCGAGGGCAUGCGCACGCUCGCGCACAACAACAAGAGCGUCUACUCCCUCAGCCCCGACCGCAGCCGCGGCGGCUCCGAGGCUAGCACGGCGGCGGCGGAGGUGCUGUCCAUCGACCCCACGCGGCUGACGGAUGUCCCGCCCGUUCCGCCGCUGCCGCUCGUGAUCCCUACUUCGAAGGGGAAGUUCUUGGGGGGCCUGCUGUCAAGGAAGCCGAGCCAGGAGGGCAAGAAGAGUAAGAAGAAGAGCAAGAAAGCGAAGGCGGGGAGUCGGAACAAGAGUCCGGAUGAUAGUGGGAGUAGUGGGAGUAGUGGGAGUAGUAGUCCUGGUGGUGCAGGCAAGAAAGAGCAGUCACUUGGGCGCAGCUUGACGAGGAAGAAGAGCAGUGCUAGUGGUGGCGCGUCGAGAAAGUCGACGGAGGAGAAGCCGUCCGCGGAGAGGCCUGUGCCUGAGCAGAGAUUCUCGGCGGACGUGGAGAGGCCGGCUGCGCAGUGGAUUUAGAAUUUGUGUUCUUCUUUUACAUAUCUCUCUUUUGUCGAU